GCUGCUUUAACACAGUGAUCAUUCAGCGGUAGUUCAGCGGCUGUUCAGAGAUCUUCCAGCGGGAAUGGGGAGCUCUCAGUCGGCGCAGGAGGAGCAGGAGUACCGGGCUCUGGCUGAGAGAACCGGCUUUUCUCUGGAUCAGAUCCGAAACUUACAUAAAAGAUUUAAGCAUCUGUCCCACGAUGAGGAGACGUUAAGGAAAGAGGACUUUGAUGAAAUCAGUGAUUUGACGCCCAACCCCAUCAGAAGCCAGAUAAUAGAUGCCUUCUUUGAUAAAAGGAAUUUUGGUGGGAACGAGGUGGGCCGGGUGCAGGAGAUCGGCUUCAGGGAGUUCCUCACCGUGAUGUCACACUUCAGACCACUACGCCAGAACCUGACGGAGGAGGGGAUAGAGAGAAUCAGGAGAGAGAAACUGCGCUUUCUCUUCAACAUGCACGAUAAGGACAGCGAUGGCACCAUCACUCUGGACGAGUACAGAUCGGUAGUUGAAGAGCUUCUGUCCAGUUCUGCCGCCAUAGAGAUUGAAACAGCCACAGCCAUCGCAGACGCCGCCAUGCUGGAGGUGGCGAGCGUUACAGUGGGUGAAAUGGCUCCAGGUCAGGUUUAUGAGGGAAUCACGUUUGAACAUUUUCUUGAGAUUCUGAAAGGUGUGGAGAUCGAGGCGAAGAUGCACGUCCGCUUUCUGAACGUGGACACCACGACCGUGCGCUGUGGAAAGCUGUGAAGUUUCCUCUUUACAACACAAAGCUUUACUUUUAAAGCUUUUAAAGCUUCUAACACUCCAGCGCGGUUCCUCCGGUUCCUCACGCAGAACCAUCUCCCCACACCGCUGUUCCUCUGAGAGAAGAUCAGCUGUCUAAACAGGCUGAACCGGUUCCUGCAGACUCAUUCAGCCACCGUACCUACAGAACCUAUACUAACAUAACGCAACAGUGUAAAGCACAGCUGAGCUACUGUAGCUCCGCCCACACACGAGUCUGAGCUCACCUGUUUAAUGGAACAGUCCAUCAUUUUUCAGACUCAUCUGUGACCUAAAGCUGUAGAUUACAUUUUAUUAUUACAGGCAGAGAUUGUUUAUAGUAAAAGGGGGAGUGUACCUUUAAGGCAAUUUUAUAAAAUAAAUCUAAUUAUUAUGA